CUUGUCUAUAUCGCACAGAUUCUCCCUAUAUCGUAUAACUACGCACGACCAGCCCACCAUGUCUUUCUCGAGCAUGUUUGCGACCUUCCUCACAGGCUACGCUGCCCUCACCAUCUUCUUCUACGCACUCUCCAUGGUCGUCCCCAAGGCAGGCUUCGUCGCCCGCGGCCUAGCCUCGUACAUCUCGCUCAUCUUUGCCGCCCUCUACGGCGUCUUCGUCUCCAUCUUCCUCACCCUCAUCGGCAAGCAGGGGAUCGCCCAAUGGGCCGCCGGCCGAUGCUUCCUCUACGCCAUGCUCUUGACCACAGGUGUCGAGUUUGUCAUUGAGGACCCCAACAACAUCCUCGGUUCCACGCGCCCCGCCGUCUUUAUCGGAAACCACCAAACCGAGCUCGAUGUUCUCAUGCUGGGUACCAUGUUCCCCAAGUACUGCAGCGUCACGGCAAAGGCCUCGCUCAAGAAGACACCCUUCCUCGGCUGGUUCAUGGCUCUGAGCGGUUCCAUCUUUAUCGACCGCAAGAACACAAAGGAUGCCCGUGAGGCCAUGAAGGGCGCCGCCAACGAGAUCCAGGCUAAGCGCCAGAGUGUCUACAUGUUCCCCGAGGGCACUCGCAGCUACGCCAAGGAGCCCAUGCUGCUCCCCUUCAAGAAAGGCGCUUUCCACCUAGCUGUCCAGGCCGGCGUCCCCAUUGUUCCCUGCGUUGUCGCAAACUAUAGCCAUAUCCUCUUCAUCAAGAGUUUUGUCUUUAAGUCUGGCAAGAUUCCCGUCAAGGUUUUGGAACCCAUUCCUACCAAGGGCUUGGAGGCUGCUGAUGUUGAUGAGCUCACCCGCACAACGCGCGAGCUCAUGCUCAACGAGCUCGUCACUCUCACUGUCAAAGCUCGAGGCCAACCCAUCGCAGUGCCCGCCACAAACGGCAACUCAACCGGCAAGAGUUCCGGCGUCGAUACCAACGGCGCCGCCCACUAAGUGACCACACCCCUAAAAAAACAUUGUAGACUUCAGGUUGGUAGAGGUAGAUUUUCAAGAGGAGGAGACAGACUGGAUAAGGGAUGAUGAGUAAAUUUUCCUAACGAGAGAGGGUUUCCAAGGGGAGUCAUGUCGGAUGAAGAGACUCGAAGGCAGUCAUUUGAUACCCCCAUAGACGCAUGAGGCGGCUUUUUGCUCUGAUGGACUGAGCAAAGUCGAUUGCUUUUUGUUUUUUGUGCUAUUGCAUUGUUUUUCCCCCAUCAUACAUACUGUUUCCACGCUUUGCUGUUGAGACAUGUUUUUUGUUUCUCAAGAUACAGACGAUUAUCAGAUGAACCAAUAGACGACGCAUGAUGAGAUG